AUGUCGGGUGCGACGGGAGCCGCCGGGGGUCACACGCCGGCCCGUCCGUCCGCCGCGGCAGCCAUGGGACCGCGGGAGCCGCACCGCCGGCUGGAGGCGGUGCUCGGCGCCCUCUACGACCUGGGUGAGGAGGCUGGCGGCGCCCGGCGCGCUGUAGAGGACGGCGAAGCGAGAGCAGUGCCGCCGUCAGCGGAGGAAGAAGAGGAGAAGGAGGAGGAGAGAUGGGAGCCGCAGCCGGCGGCGGGCGGGCGGCGCGGGGCCCGCGGCUUCUUCGGGGAGUUGCGGGCCGAGCUGAGCGCCGCCGGCAGUGCCCCGCCGGCCCCCGCCGCCCCGCCCGCCGUGGAGGUCGUGGUGUUCCGCGGGAGGAAGAGGAAGGAGCGGCGCGGCCCCUCGGCAGCGCCCGCCGGAGGAGCACAGACCCAGAUAGUGAAUGAAGAGAAAAAUGCAGUCAGACAAGAAUUUAACUUUGAGAAGGCUCGCCUGGAAGUGCACAAGUUUGGAAUCACUGGCUACAAGAAGCAGGAGCAACGUGUUUGGGAACAGGAGCGUGCUAUCAUGCUGGGAGCCAAGCCCCCCAAAAAGACACAUAUGAACUACAGGACUUAUCAAGAGAAACUGAAAGAGAAAAAAGCAGUGAAAGAUGCUGAUAAGGAAAAGGAACAUAAAGGUGAUUCUAUUAAGAAGAAGAAGAAGCAGAAAGAACAGGAGAGGAAGGCCAAGAGGAAGAAAUCAGUGCCUAGCAUUUGGCCUGCAGGACAAGUUGGAAAAUUCAGAAAUGGGACCUUGAUUCUGCAAAGCCGUGACAUAAAGAAAAUUAAAUCAUCUAAAGUUAGCAAAUGA